AUGGCUAGUAUAAGCUCAUGGGGGAGACAGGGCUUGUUCAAGCCUACGGUGCUUAAAGCAGGCCUCGUACCGAGAUGGCCUCGAAGAAAUUGCCGAAGAGCAUCUCGCGUCCUUUUUUUGAGGACUGGCGCAGAGCCUUCGCAAGCUAUCCUGAUACAUUUUGCUUCGCUGCCGGAAUAUUGCCUCAUUCUUUUCAGCUCUCAAAUUGAGGUUAUUCACAAGCUUCACAUUCAGCUACAGCUUCGGCGGCUAGCCAGUAAUCCCUGGCGCAAGGAUUCAAGGAAAGAGUUUUAA